AUGAAGGUGGAAGACAUGAUGGACCACGAGAUCGCCGAGGUGCGGACGGCCUUCAAAUACUUUGAUCGCGAGAAUGUCGGGACAAUAUUGACUUCGCAGUUGGGUGACUGCCUGCGCUGGCUCAAGUUGGUCCCAAGUGAGGCUGAAAUUGAGGGCUACAAGGAGGCCUGCGAUCCGAAAAAGAAAGGUCGCGUCAACUUCGACACCGUGCUCACCGUGGUCGCGCAUCUGUGGAUCCCAGAUCCGCAGAAACGCGAAGGCCAGUGCUGGGGCGCGUUCCUGUCCUUCGACAAUGAGGACAAGGGCAAACUCCCCGCAGAGGAGUUAAAGAAGAUCCUCAUGGAGGUUAGCGAGGAACCGCUGCCGGAGAAGGAGGUGAACCAGAUUAUCAGGAAGUUUGUGGACAAGAAGACCGGAAUGAUCGAGUACGGCUACAUAAUUCGUGCGUGGCAGAAAUGA